AUGUCGCUAUUCGGUGGUGCUGAAUGCUCAACUUCAAGAAACCCGUUAUCUCAAUUCACAAAGCACACAAAUGAAGAUAGGUCUCUUCAAAGACCAGGGAUCCAUCAAGGAAUAAAUGGACCAGGUGCUAUAAGGGAAGAAACUCGUAUGAACCAGCAGGAUCAACAACGUAUGAAUCAGUUUUAUAAUGGUCAAGAUAGCUUCAAUUUCCAACCAAUGAAUAACGAGCUGAGUCAUAUACAUGCUCCUCUUCAUCAUCAUCAACAACCUACUACAUUCCGUCCAGGUCCAACUGCUUCAACUACCUCUAAUUGGUCUUCUGAAUUUAAAAAUGAUAUCCCUGCUCAACAUAGUGGUUCAUUAAGAUCAAAUCAUUCUGCUUGGUCAUCAGAAUUUAAAUCAGCUUCUCCAUUAAAUUCUAAUAGCUCAUUAAAUGAACAACAUCAUCAUCAACCAUAUAAUAAUCCAAUGAUGAGAUCAAGAGGUUUCAAUCCUGUUUUCCAAGGUUAUCAAAAUGGUAUGGUUAAUCAUAUUCAACCUAUACAAACAAAUUCUAAAUUGACUGAAGUUGGAGAUAAUGAACAAUGGGAAACCCAUUUUAAAGAAAUUGAUGAACAAUUUCAAGAUGCUUUCUCUAAACAAGAAGGUAAAUUAAACGAAGACAAUCAAUUAGAAAAAGAACCUGAAAUAAUAAUUGAUGAUAAAUAUCAAACAAAUUUUGAUGAAGUUUGGGAUUCUUUAAAUUCUCAAGAAAUUGCUGAUGAAUUCAAUUCUGAACCUUCAUGGGAAAAAGAUUUUGCUACAUAUGCUCAAGCAAGAGCAAAUUUUGGUAAAUAUCAAUUUGAAAAUUCAAAUCAAUUUUUAAAUAAUCCAAAUGCUUAUGAAAUUGGUUUAACUUUAAUGGAAAAUGGUGCUAAAUUAUCUGAAGCUGCUUUAGCUUUUGAAGCUGCAAUUCAAGAAAAUCCUCAACAUAUCAAUGCUUGGUUAAAAUUAGGUGAAGUUCAAACUCAAAAUGAAAAAGAAAUUGCAGGUUUAACUGCUCUGGAAAAAUGUUUAUCAUUAGAUCCAAAAAAUUUAAGUGCUUUAAUGACUCUGGCUGUUUCUUAUAUUAAUGAAGGUUAUGAUAAUGCAGCUUUUGCAACUUUAGAACGUUGGAUUGAAACAAAAUAUCCUCAAGUUACUGAUAAGGCAAGAUUAACAAAUCCAAAAAUUAAUGAUGAAGAUCGAUUUUCAUUAAAUAAGAGAGUUACUGAAUUAUUUAUUCAAGCUGCUCAAUUAUCUCCUUCAGGUGCAAAUAUUGAUGCAGAUGUUCAAAUGGGUCUUGGUGUAUUAUUUUAUGCAAAUGAAGAUUUCCAAAAAACUAUUGAUUGUUUUAAAGCUGCUAUUGCAGUACGCCCUGAUGAUGAAUUAUUAUGGAAUAGAUUAGGUGCAUCAUUAGCAAAUUCAAAUAGAUCAGAAGAAGCUAUUGAAGCUUAUAAAAAAGCUUUACAAUUAAAGCCUUCAUUUGUUAGAGCAAGAUAUAAUUUAGGUGUUUCUUCCAUUAAUAUCGGUUGUUAUAAAGAAGCUGCUGAACAUUUAUUAAGUGCUCUUUCAAUGCAUAAAGUUGAAGGUUUAGAUGAUGAUGAUUUAUCAAAUAAUGCUAUGGCUAAUCAAUCUACAAGUAUUUUAGAAACUUUGAAAAGAGCUUUUAUUGCUUUAGAUAGAAGAGAUUUAAUUGAAAAAGUUAAACCUGGAAUGAAUUUAAAUCAAUUUAGAGAUGAAUUUAAUUUUUAA